AUGAUUAGCGAAGGACGAAACAAUCGCCUCCUCGAGAAUCGGAAAUGUCUCAUCAUUUGCUGUGUGGUGAGCAUGGCCAAUUGUCAAUAUGGCUUUGAUACGGCUGCCGUCGCCGGCUUUCAGGCCAUGAUCGGUUUCCUGGAAGUCUUCGGCUACAAAGACGACAAAGUCAAGAGCGGAUGGAACAUCAACACCAAACCUCAACAAUUGAUCUCCAGCUUUCUCAACGUCGGAACCAUAGUCGCGGUGCUCCUCGGUGGCCCUUUCUCGCACAAAUUUGGGCGUAAGCCAGCAAUCUGGGCGGCUGCGGCUGUUUCGAUGGUCGCUUGUGGUGUCCAGGUCGGAGUUAACAGCCUUGCGGGUCUGUACGCUGGCAGAAUCCUUCUCGGACUCGGCAAUGGGUUUUUCAUCCUCUUUUCGAAUACGUACACCGUCGAAGUCUCGCCUCCUCAGCACCGCGCUAUUCUCGCGUCGUUCUUUGGAUUCUGGGUGAAUCUGGGCAGCAUACUUGGAGCGAUUGCGGACAACUAUAGCAAGACCCUGGACAGCAAAUUGGCGUACCGGAUUCCGCUAGCCUCACUGUUCGCGAUCCCGGUCCUUCUCAGCGUCUUCGUUUCCUUCGUCCCUGAGUCACCUCGCUGGCUCCUCUUGCACAACAGGCCAGAGGAGGCUCGCCGAGCCCUGAAGGAACUCCGAGGCACUUCGCUGAAGCCAGAGCUGCUCAACGAAGAAUUCGUCGAGAUGCAAAGAGGCAUUGAGCAAGAAAAGGAGAUGGCGUCUUCGACCUCAGUCUUCGACAUGUUCAAAAGAACGGAUCGUCGCCGGACAAUUCUUGCUGCAGGAGCAAUCGCCUCCCAUGCCGCGUCCGGGGUGUGGUUCACCAUCUCAUACAGCACGUUCUUCUAUCAGAUGGCCGGCAUCAAAAAACCCUUCCAGGCGACGAUCCUGCAGAACUGUCUCGGUCUGGUCGGAGCCAUGUGUGGCAUGUUCCUGAUGCACAAGGUCUUCGGUCGUCGUCCAAUGCUAUUGAUUGGGUCCGCUGGAUGUGGAAUCUGUAUGCUUGUGAUCGGCUUGCUGAGUCUUGCUGGCCAUUCACUCCGUGCUGGUCAGGCACUGGUGGCCUUUGCAUUGAUGUUCAGCUUCUUCUACAACGGCUUCACAGGGACCAUCACGUGGCCGAUUGCGGGUGAACUUGUCAGCUCUCGACUCCGUGUCUUCAGUGUCGGGCUCGGGACUGGAAUCAACUAUUUCUUCAACUGGUUGAUCUCAUACUGUACACCGUAUUUCCUGAACAAAAACAAUCUUAACUGGGGCGCGAAGUAUGGAUAUAUCUGGGCAGGUUCCAACGCAGUCGCAUUUCUGUUCUUUUUCCUGUUGAUACCCGAAACCAAAGGGCGCUCUCUCGAGGAAAUCGACGAAAUGUUCGUCAACAAGGUGCCUCGUCGCCAGUUCAACACCUAUCAGUGCCUCUCCUCAGAAAGAGCUCGCGAGAUCGCUGAACACCAGUUGGAUGAUCUUCCAAAGGGCGGAGUAGCAGUCCAUACUGAGAAAGUCUGA